AAAAAAAGGAUGAGCAAAAAAAGAAAUCCUAAGCAGUCUUGAGCUCUCCUGACUCUCACCAUAAACACUAACAAACACUAUUGACAAAAAUCAUGCUUUUGUUUGUUCUCUUGCAGCAUGCCUAUGUGACUCAGAUUAACAGAUUACAGAAAAGUUCUGCAAAAUGACCACAGACAUCAGCGGUCGUCUUCCUCUCAAUGUCUAUGUCAUCAUUCUUGGGAUAGGCCUCUUCAUCUUCAUGUUGAGCAUGAUCUUCUGUUGCUACCUGUUCAGAUUGAGGCGACAGAGCACACAAGAACAAUAUGGAUAUAAUGAGGUCAUUCUAAAAGGUCCAGGGAAAAAACUGAGUCUUCUUGGACAGACCUGUGCAGUUUGCUUGGAAGAGUUUCGGAGCCGGGAUGAACUGGGGGUUUGCCCUUGUUCUCAUGCGUUUCACAAAAAGUGUCUGGUGAAGUGGCUGGAAAUUCGCAGUGUUUGCCCCAUGUGCAACAAGCCCAUCUGCAGGCUCCAGCCAGAUCCUCAGCAGGGGGCCGAGGGGCCCCAGAACCCCCUGGAGGUGUGACAGAAGAGGGACGUCACUGCUCAGAGAUAGGCAGGCUCUCACACACCUAAGAACAGCGUUAAAAAACACCACAAUACUGGGGCGGGCAGGUGGGCAGACUAGUCCCAAAUACACAACAAUCGCCCCUGCCCACCAAUCACCAGAUUUCUCCUGGAUAUGUAGAUGGGGGGAGGGAGGGAAAGUGGGAUUUUCCCAGUGCAACUGAAUUGAUGUGCCGUAUUCUUGGCCAUAAUGUAGCUUGCAGCAAGAUAAAUUGAUGCCUUGUGGACUCCAAACAGACAAAUAUUCAGACCAGGACAGAUGCACAAAACAUGAGGUCUGUGGAAUGUCACUGUGGAAUAUGCGUGAAGUUAAAGAAGUCCUCCUCUAACAGAGACUGUCGUGUUUAGGAAGGCCAAGAUACAGAAUCCAAAGUGAGGAGCAGCUCAGUGACCUAAAGUCCUGACCUUAGGCAUCAGUAAGCUCAUCGGAUUUUACUCUUGCCAAUAUUUUGACAUUUGACACUCAUAAAUGUGUUUGCUUAGAGUCAGGGAAGUGUUCUGAGUGCUAAAGGGAACUCAUGGUCUUAAUGAGAACCCAUGCUGUAAUUCAGAAGCCUCCGAGUCAGACUGGAUGAAAUUUGGCCUAAUUUAAGUUAAGGUGGAUGUUUUGUACUGUACAUUGUUAUCAAUAAAAUGUAAAGUUUCUGUGAUGGAA